CCGUUCCAAUCACCCCUCAAAACGGAGCAUCCUCCUCUUCUUCUCCUUGUUAAAAAACAAAUCUUCCCCCACGCCGGCCGGCCGCCGUUCCCAUCCCGUCAACCCCGAAGCAAAGCAAAGCAAAGGCAGCGAGAAGCACGAGGGGUAGGGGGGAAAGGAACCCAGGAAGAUUUUGAUUUUUCCUUCCGGAUUACAGAAGCUCCGUCUCUUUCUCUGUCCCGCGGACUCCACGACGGACGGGGGAAUUAGCCGAGGGGUCGAUCGAUUCGGCAGCGCGCGGCCCUGCCAGUGGUGUCGUGGUGCGCUAUGGCUGGCGGCGCGCGGGCGGAGAUUCAGCCGGCGGCGGCGUCGUCGUCGUCGUCGUCGUCCGCUCCGUUCCCGUCCGCGGGGCGCCGCGGCAGGAGGCGGCCCGACAUCCUCACCAUCCUUCGGACUCUGGUAUGUCUUGAUUCAUCAAAUCCUGAUACUGGAAGGGGUCGGAGUAAGUUGUCAAGCAAUAAAGUAACACAUGGAUUCCACUUAGUUGAAGGAAGAUCUGGCCACGACAUGGAGGACUACCAUGUAGCAGAAUAUAAGUAUGAAAAUGAUCACGAGCUUGGCCUCUUUGCCAUUUAUGAUGGCCAUUUGGGAGAUACGGUGUCCAGCUUCUUGAAAGCUAAUCUUUUCAACAACAUACUAAAAGAGCCUCUCUUCUGGACGAAUCCUCAAGAAGCAAUUAAAAAUGCAUACAGCUCUACAAACAAAUACAUUCUUGAAAAUUCUAAACAACUUGGACCGGGUGGUUCAACCGCAGUUACUGCUAUCAUAGUUGAUGGCACAGAUUUGUGGGUAGCAAAUAUAGGCGAUUCUAGGGCUGUCAUAUGUGAAAGAGGUAGUGCUAUUCAGGUUACUGUGGAUCAUGAACCCCAUACAGCUGAUGAACGAAAGAGGAUCGAAAAGCAAGGUGGUUUUGUUUCUACUUUUCCUGGUGAUGUUCCUCGGGUAAAUGGCCAACUUGCGGUUGCAAGAGCAUUUGGUGAUCAAAGUCUCAAGGCACACUUGAGCUCAGAACCUGAUUUUAAGCAUGUAGCUAUAAACUCAAGUAUAGAAUUUGCCAUACUUGCCAGUGAUGGAUUAUGGAAGGUCAUCAAGAACCAAGAAGCUGUUGAUCUGGUGAAAUCAGUCAAGGACCCGCAGACUGCAGCAAAGCGGUUAACAUCAGAGGCACUUGCGAGGAUGAGCAAGGAUGAUAUUUCGUGCAUCGUCAUCCGUUUCCGAUGCUAAUUCUCAUACUCCAUGCCCAUCCAGCUCAUGAACCUGAAUCUUCCUCCUCGUACCGUCUCCCUGCAGUUGUGCCGUUUGCUGAAUCUUUGUACAUUGUGGCUGGUGGCAUCUGCUUUACAUUAGCUCAGGAUUGAUUUUUCGGUGUUCAUUCUUCCAUGCAUAUAAAUAUACAUGUUAGAAAUAGUAGACUGCUCAUUUCAAGAAAAGGGAAUAACACACUGUCCAUGAAAAGGAAGAAGUGCAGAUUGCUGUAAGCUUAUAACCGUGUGCAAAACAAUGAUUUCACUUGCCGUGUGUCUUGGCUCAACUUUUUUUGUGCAUAUGUACGUGUUGGAAGAAUGUAAUGAUACAUUACCUCGCGACAUCUAUUGUACAUUUGAUUAUCCUA